UUCAGGACAAGCCAACGGUUAAUAAAAACGGAUUAUAUCGUGUGGUUCGUUGUUUAGUUAUUCUUCAGUCUGUAACAAGUGGAAGGAGAACCAUGAGUGCCAGAAACAGAUCCUGCUCUUCCUCCAUCCUCCAAGCAUGCAGUUCAUCAUCCUUUACCAGACAACCUUCUCGUGUGCUGAUCGUGGAUGCAUCGCCGCCCUGGUGGUCAGAGACAUGCACUGUUCUGUGUCAGGCCCUGGAGGAUUUCUUUUUUCUGGCCAGUAGUCUGGCAGGACCUGUUCGUCUGCCAUUGCUUAGCGUGUUUGCCAUCAGUGUACAGCUGGAGUGCCUCCUACCCUUUGUGCAAGUUAAGGGCAAUUUGACACGUCUGCUGUCCUGUGUAGAGGAGCUGCGUUCUCUGCCUCAGGAGGGCUGUGUUCGGCAACGGGGGUCACUCCUUAAACAGGCAGUGCUGGACAGCCUGCAGCAGUUUAAACAAUACAUGUGCCAUACAGCUCAUGGGGACUUCAACAGCAACUUUGUGGAGGUGACUGUAUUAACCUGUCAGUCAGGACAGACAGUCCUCAGACAGCUGGAGCAGGACCUGAAAAACUCGGAUCUGAUGAGCCUGCGCAGACUUCUGGUGGUUCACAUCACAUUACAGCAGAGUCUCUCAGACAGAUCUCCAGCCUGUAGCCUUGAGACACCAUCAUCAGAAGAUGACCAUGAAGAAAGUCCGUUGAUGGGGACAGAGAUGGAACUCCAGCUGGUGGAGGGCACAGUUGUGGCCUUGGAGAGUGCUCUGAAAAUGUGGCUUCAUGACCAGGGCGGAGACAGAGAACAACUGCACUUGUUGUUACCCCCUUCUCUCACAGCACAGGGUUCUACACCACAUCCUGCCAACAACAGGCCAAGCCCAGUCUGUUUGAAGUGUGACAUGCAGGAGAGACUUCUCAGUCCAGCCCUGCUUCCCAGCACUCCUGACCUUGGAGUGAAGACUGAGAGCAUGCACGAUUUCCAGCCUCCAAACAAGAGUCUGGCCAACCCCACGCCACAGCGCCUACGAGUUGUCAAAGUUCUUCAUGCCGAUGGAGUGUGUCAGUCUGUGCUGUAUGGACUACCGCUCGUCAUCAGACCAACCUCAUGCUGGCAGCUGGACUGGGAUGAAAUGGAAACAAACCACCAAACAUUUCAUGCUCUCUGCCACAUACUAAAAACCCGUGACUGGUUCCUGUUGGUGCGCUCAGACCCGGGGUCAGGAUCAGGCUCAGGUUCUGGUGUUUUCUCCUACUAUGUACUUCAGUCCUCUGGUUCACUCUCUCUGCUUUUGAAACCUGCGCUGACACGAGAACUGAUGCUGCCCUGCUCUCUGCCUGUCUCAAUGGAGGACCCAACACUUCCUGCAGUUGCCACUGUGGAGAGCUCCCUAGAGCAGCUUGAGAAGGACCCUGUUUUUAACCCUCUCUGUCUGGACUCCAACCUUUACCUGCACCUAAGAUUCAGAGGUUUGCUUACCCGCUCAUCGCAACCAUUUGGAGCACAAGGCCAGGGCAGAGGCCAUCGCAGGGGCGCCAAUCGACCACCAGAGGGCUCCACACAGCGUCAGGGUCGGCAGUCUCAGAGUCGUGCGCGAGCCACGGUGGCCCCUCUGCCGUCCAUUCCUCUAAACAAGAUGCCUCGCCCUUCACUAAACCUCAGCCACUCCCGACCCUGUGCCCCUGCCCUCUUUUUCCAGGACAGCUAUGAGGAGGAAGACCCUCUGAUCAUCCAGUAAGAUGAGAGAGAGAGAGAGCAUAAUACUUUCACUGUGAGAGGAAAUCACACUCACAUUGACUAACACUAACUGCUGUGCACAGCCAGAAUUCAGAGCAGUCGUUUCUAAACUCCCACAGACAGGAUGUUACAUACUUGCACAUCACCGGAUAUAUUCUGUUAUAUGUACAGCUAAUUUGAAAUGUAUAUGUUCUAUAUAAUCUAUUUUGGUUUACUAUUCAGAAAACACUGUACUGUUUUGUGCAUCUCUGUUUCUCUCAUCUAACACAAAGCAUGUUUUAAAAACUCAGUAUACACCUUCAGCUAACUAUAAAAAGAAAAGAAAAACUUUUUUUCUUUAGAAAAAAGUAAAUUGUUCCUCGGUUAUCAGAUACAAUUUAAUAGUGCAACAUCACAGCUUCAUUUAUCUCCUUACAUCUAAAAAACAUUACACCUUCAAUUAAAUAACCUUAUUACUUCUCCACAAAAAAUGUCUUUCAAUCAAAAAAAGUCACUGACACUGCAAAAUCAGUCCUCAUAUCUCAGACGCCAAGUAUGCAAAAAACAAGCUGCUUUGUUACCCAAAUGUUUGCAAUUAAUUCAGUCCUCAUAGUAACAGCAUGAUUUCGCUCUUUUGGAGGAGUAAUUAAACUAACCGUUUAACAAAGGCUACACCGCAACUGGGAAAAUCUUGACAAAAAAUAAUAGUUGUGAGCUGCUGAGGCUGCUGAAAAAAAAUAAAAUACAAAACCACAGAAUUGUAAAAGGACAAGAAGAAAGGCUGUUUAAAGAGAGCGAACUGCUUUCUCAGUGUAAAUGCUGUGGAUAAAAAGCUCUGUAGAGAGUUGAGGAGGAAGAGGGCCAGAGUAGUGGAAAAGUAGAGCCAUUGUCUUCCUUUUUGGAAGCUGCCAGUACAGCCUCAAGGGAAACACACUGUACUCAGCUGAGCAGGAAUUCAAGGCCUUCAGUGAGUUACAGAGAGCAAAGAGAGGGGGAAAGACAAGAAAGAGGUCACUCUGUGAAGCUCCGCGACCUCGCGGAACAAGGUUCAGCAUUGGAGGCAGUGGUUUAGAGUUGUGAGAGCUGAGGGAUGCGAUUCUGAAAGCAGACUGAGGUCAGAGCUCUGAUGUUACUCAAUGGGCCUCUCUUACUAGAGCCCAUCAUGUAUUGCCUCAUUAAGCUUUCCGCCAUUCCACCCACCUGGCACCGCCUACGCCUUUAUGACAUCGUGGUGAGGUUUGGCAUUGUGCAAAAGGCAGAAAAAGCAGACAUAGAGAGAUGAUCUCACGUCAUUCUCCCCUUUUUUCAUAUUUUACGUUCACAAUUUCCUAACUCGUUCAGUAGUUACGAAAGAGAUACAAAGUUUUUUUUUUUUUUUUUUUUUUUCCAAAUGUCUCUUUACUUCUGAUCGACUAAUGUAUUUAGCAUGUGUUGUUUUAGGGACCAGAGCCCAAAUCACUUAAGUUAAGAAAAAACAUUGUAAUAAUUUUUGGAGUAUUACUGCUAAGGGUUUUCUUAAUGUAGGGGGUUUAUAAUAUUUUGACAGUAUUGUUAAAAAUACAGAUCUAAACAGAAUCUCUGAUUCAGUUUAUUAAUUCUAAACUGUUAAAUUAAGUAGUUCUCUGUUUCUGUACCUUUUAAUUUAAAUUUUUUCUUAAUAUUGUACUUUCUUUAUAAACCAAUAUACUAAUACUGCUAAAAAACAUUUAUAAACUGUUUAUUUAUAUAUUACAUUCUAUAUUGUUAACACUAUGUAUAUUAUUACUUGGAUAAAUGUUAAAAAUAUUAAUUGCAGUUGUUUAAUGUUUGUCUUUUGCACUUUUAAAAAUAAAAAAAAAACCUUAAAAAUUGACAUUUUACAUGAAUAAUCAAAUAAUCAAGCCUAAUAUAUUUUUAGUGUCAGAAUAAGGUAUAAAAGGUAUCCAUUAAAAAGAACUGUUAAAAUUUGACUAUAUCUUAUGUUUUUAUAGAAGAACGAUCUUAGCGUUCUCAGUUUUCCAAAAUCAAUAUAUUAUUGAUUAUAAAUCAAUGUAUUAUUGAUUAUAUUGAUUAUAUGCUGAUAUUUAACGAUAUAAUCAAUAUUUACUAUAUAUUAAUGCUGCUUAAACAUAUAUUGAUUAUAUUAUUAAUUACAGUAAGAAUCAGUAACAAGGUUUUUCAGAAAAUUUUGAAUAAUCAUUUGUCAAUAUGCAUGCAUUCCAGGAGUAUAUUUUAAGUAUACAGUAAUGCACAUAUUGGGUGAUUAACACAGAAAUCAUGUUCAUUGAUGUGUACUUUUAAGUACGGUAUAGAUUUUAUUUCAAUCACCGAGUUUCUUUUAAUUGAACUUUAGUUGAAAGACAUAGCAUUUUCAAGAAACAGAUGCACUUCCCCAUCAUUUGCUUCACACUUCAGAGAACAACAGCUCAGUUCUGUUUUCCGUUUGGUUAUCCAAGCAUUAAGUGGCCAGCGGAACGAAAACAUAAACGGAACAUUCAAGAAAACAGGAACUAGUACAACAUGAGAAGUGCAUCCAAACUGAACCAGUGUGCACCUUUUUUUAUCCAUAUGAUGCCAAAUCUGAAACUGAUAACUUGACCUCUUUAACACAUACACUAUUUAAAGUUUUGGUGGUAACGUGGGUCUUUAAAUAGAAAGCAUCUGUGUAUAGCAUGAUGAACCAAGUUUACACCAAAUUUAGCUCGUCUCAAAUAUUUACUCAGUAUGUUUGUAUUAUAUCCAACAACAAGUAAUUCAAUAGACAAAUAACCGUCAAAGUCAAAUUAAAUUAAAAAAUGAUACUUAUUGCAAAUGACAAUAAGAAGAGAGAGGAAAAAAGGUGCCAGUCCACUUCCUUUUUAAUACCUAUGAGUAAUCCGCUGUUAAAAUGUACCACUGCAACCCAGUAUGAUGGUAAACUAUGCUUAGCCAGACCUUGGACCAAAUGAAUGCAUUCUUUUUAGAUGAAAGACUCGGCUCUGUCAACACAUUCACUGCUUUUCUGCUUAAGAGCACCAAACAUUGAAAAAAUACAGCAGAAUGUGAUGAAUAGAUCAGAUUUUGGCGGUCCACUUAAAAGAAAAAAAACUUUAGCAGUGGAAGAAAAGACUGGGGGAGACUGGAGAGAGGACAAAAGGAAAUAAGUGAGAGGGCCAAUGAGAAAGAAAACAGGACAGGGAACAGUCUGUACCUUCACACACUGCCAGGCAGACACAUAUUAACUCAGCCAACUUCCAUCUGAAGUAAGGCCACUGUUUUACACAGAUGGUUAAUAUUCACUUUGCAUCAGGAUUAUCCCUCAGAUGUCAGACACUUUUCAGGACGAAAGAGGACUAGAUGAAUAAGGGACUGAGAGUGAAGGAUAGGGCAUUCAGGGUAAUUUUCAUGCCCCCUUAACAAACCAAGUCCAGAUUUUUCCUAGGAUGUGCAUAUACUUGUACAUUUUCGGAAAUGGGAAAAGUAUUCUCUUGUAUUAUAAUUUUUAUUAUCAUCAUCAUGAUCAUGUUGAACAACAGCACAGCUGCUGACUCAUCCGCAUACACUCAUACAUAUAAAACACACACACACAAGCACACACGGCAGUGGAUUAGUAUCCUUUUGCUACAAUCUCCAUGCAAAACAAUGCAAGGUUUGUACGUGCAAUAACUGACCUGCCAGUGAAGUCUCUGCACUUCAACAAUUAAAUUGGAUUUGUCAGAUAAUGUUUAGACAACAACACCAAGUGUUAUGACAAAUGCUUCAUAAUCUCUUCCGAUACAUAAGUCACAGACUCAGAUUUACAAAACAUGACUACUUUGCCCAAGAAGUGCAAAACUCUGGCAUAUGCCAAUACAAGCCCUUUCAGAGGGCAUUAUCCACACAAAAGUUUUGUAUAGUCUUAGUUCUCAGACAGUUUGUCAGUCAGUGACUACAUGACUAAGGUUUCAGUCUGAGCCCUGACACUGAGCACUCCCUUCUUAACGUGGACGGAUUUCCUUUAUCCGUGACUGCCUAAAUGUCGACAAAGUUUAAGUCAAAUGUCUCCUAAGUUGUCGUAGAUGAUGUCU